AUGGUCAACCUGAACGCCUUGCUGGUGGAGGGACAAGAUGAGCAGGUCACAGUGAACCAGCGGGCGCUCGUUGAGAAGAUCCUGGCGCGGUACUCGGGCGAGCACACCGUCUUUCGAGAACUGCUGCAGAACUCGGACGAUGCAGGGGCGACCUCGGUCGAAUUGCAUUUCAGGACGACGACCGGUGCCGCCGGUCUCGACGACUCGCAACCGACCUACUCGCCCGACGCCCUGCCGAACUUGCUCGCGACCAAAUGCGCCACCCUCAUGGUUCGCAACGACGGCUUCGUCUUCCGGCAAGAGGACUGGCAGCGACUCACUGAGAUCGCUUCUGGUAAUCCCGACGAGCAGAAGAUUGGGGCGUUCGGCGUGGGCUUCUACAGUCUCUUCUCCAUGACCGACGGACCUGUCGUCUCGUCGGGCCAGCGGAUCAUCCAGUUCUACUGGCGCGGCGACCAGCUGCACGUCAAGUCAGCGACAGACGAGUCGGGUCUCAAGAACACCUCGGCGGACGGCAAGCCCUGGACGACAUUCCUGAUGGACCUUCGCGAACCUGCGCCGAUGCCAGAGCCGAACGACUUCGCUCGUUUCCUCACCUCCUGCCUCGGCUUCACCCAGAACCUCCGGUCGCUCUCCCUUUUCUUCGACGGCCACCUUCUCUUCCGCGUGCAGAAGACGCUCGCGCCAUCUCGGAACCUCUCUUUGCGACACAAUCUGCAGUCGUCUUCGCCCCAGAAGCUCCUUCGCAUGACUGGCGUGGAGGAAGCGCCCUUCCAGCUCAAAGCCGAAGUCUCGAACUGGAUGCUCCGCUACACGGCGAAGCCGAAGCCGACCGUCGCAUCAAUCACGAGCGCCGCAGCGUCAAGCACGACGUCUUUCGCCUCGAAGAUGCUCGCCGCCUUCUCCAGCCGCUCGACACCUUCACAUCAGCCAUCUCCCGUUCCGACACCUCCGCCUCGGCCUGCCCCUGCUGCGAAAGAUCCAUUCGAAUACGUCCGCGUGAUGCUCUUCCUGCGAACCGUCGCCGCCUCUCUCUCCGUAUCGCCCUCUCCUCAUUUCGCCAACGAGAUGCUCCGCGCGACGAAGAAGGCGUUGCCGUCGAUCACGAAGUACUCGCUCGUCUGGACCGGCAAGGACGAGUACGAUGCGAGUCAUGGUGGGAAGACGGGCGUCGGAACUGACCAUGAGGACGAGGCGUCCGCUCGGAAGGUCUUCUCAGGCCUCUUGCCGGCGGACAUCUCGACCGUGCAGGGUCGAGUCGCGAUUGGCUUUGCGACGCAUCAGACGUCGGGCUUCGCCGGCUCGGUCGGAGCGAGGUUCAUCUCGACGGUCGAGCGCGAGUCGCUCGACUUCCAGAGCAAAUACGUCGCACAGUGGAACCAGGAGCUGUUGUGGGCUGGCGGAGUGCUUGCGAGGACGGUCUUCGAGGAGGAGAUGGCAGAGAUUGGGCGAAUCUGGAAGCGGGCGGGAAAGGAGCUUGAGAAGGAGAAGCGGGAAGACCUCGAGCAGCGGACGCUGCACCUCAUUCGCUUCUUCACGUUCUAUAAGUCGACACCGCAAGAGAUCGUCGGUGGCACACAGGAAGAGUCAUUCUUCGCGUCCAACACGGGCACCUCGAUCACCCUUCUCUCGACUGUCGGCCCGACACCAGCACACAAGCUCCGCCUGCCCUCGCCACAUCUCUCCGGAUUCAUCAAGUCGACUCCUGUCGUCCCGCCUCUCGUUGCAGACGGAGUGCCUCGUUUCCUCUCCGUCCUGCGCGACAAGGGCUUCAUUCGAGACAUCUCGCUCGAGGACAUCUUCGCCGACCUCUCGUCGCAUUCCUUGACGGUCAGUGAAGCGGUGGAGUGCUUCAAAUGGUGGACCAGCCUGGCCUCGAACCCGUCUUACGACCCUCGUCUCCUCACCCGUCUCAAGGACGUCUCGAUGCUCUCCGUCCCGGACUCCUCUUCCCCCGACGGCACUCGCAUCCUUCCCAUCGGCGCCUUCAAGACCUACGUCAACCCGAAGGUCGUCCCGGUGGACAUGCAUCUCCCCGAGCACACUCUCCCUUUCGAGCUAUCGCGCCAGCUUUCGCACUCGGACCUCAGCCGCGUCUUCGGCUGGAAGGAGCUCUCGCUUCUCGACUGGCUCAACUACCUCACCUCGCCGUCGAUGACGGGCAAGUCGGCCUCUGUCGACACAAACUUCCUCGCCUCGCCGCCUUUCGCCGAAAAGGUCCUCGCCGUCCUCGCGAAAGGCUGGCAGCAGGUCCCGGCUGUCGCCCAGCGAAAUAUCAUCGAGCUCACGUCCAAGCUCGCGUUUGUGCCGACGAGGAACGGCCUGAAGCAGCCGAACGAGAGCUACUUCCCGAAUGUCUCGCUUUUCGAGGACUUGGCGGUCGUCACCUUGCCGAGCGGUGCGCCCGUCAAGGGCAACAUGGAGCGAUUGUUGGCGGCGUUAGGAGUGCGGCGGCAUGUCGAGCUCCAACUCGUCUUUACUCGACUACUCGGCGCCGGCGACUGGUCGCACAUCCAGCUCAUUCGCUAUCUCAUUUCGGUGCGGAACACGCUCACGCCAGCAGAGCAAGAUCGGCUUCGCAAGACCGCCUUCCUGCCCCGUGAGGGCGAAGCGAAGGUCGAGCAGCCGCCUGGUCCUGAUGGCGUCAAGCCGAAGCCGAAGACAAUUCGCUACCGAGCUUCCGAGCUGUACGAGCCGACUGACGCGCUCCGCGAGCUUGGCUUGCCUCUCGUCGACUGGACGGAAGCGCAGGCAAGGUGGAGGUCUACGUCGGACGAAGCCAAAUUUCUCUAUGACCUCGGUCUUCAGCGGGUUCCCACCGUCGCGACCGUCCUCGAGAUUGCCGCGAACUCGUCUGAUCCGGCCAGGCAGGAAAAGGCGCUUCGGUACUUCCUCGACGGCUGUGUCACGCACAGCUACAGCAUGUCGUACUCGCCGUCCAAGUACGCCCUCCCGUUCGUGCCCGCUCUCGCCAAGGACCAGGAGAUCCGCGUCAAGCCGACCGAGGUGUACAGUAACCCCGCAGCAGCGCUGCUCGGCUUCCCCGUUCUCGCGCCCCGCUUUGCAGCGGAAGAGACGAGGUUCGGGCUGCGUCGCGACCCUCCGCCGAAGGAGCUUGUCUCCGCCAUUGUUAGCAACCCGCCUUCAACAAUCGCCGAAGCGAGCAAGAUCUUCGCAUACCUUUCGUCGCAAGUCUCGACCUUCGCCUCGGCUGACCUCGACGCACUUCGCUGGGCAUCUAUUGUCUCCGUUCGCAAGCCGGACGGCAAAGUCGAAAACGUGCCGCCCCUGAACCUCUACUUCUCGACCUCGGACACGUCGCUUCCGUCGGGCGUGAGGAGUCUCUUUGCGACUAUCCCCGACUUCGGACCCGCCGCACGUCCCUUCCUGGUUGCCUGUGGCGUCAAGGAAAGUCCGACGACGCCGGAGAUCGCCACGAUGCUCAUUGCGGAUCCGGCGCGCUUUUACGACCUCGCCGGCUCCUCCGAUCGUUAUCUUUCUGUUCUCCGCCUCGUCGCCCUCAACUACAGCAGCCUCUCGUCGUCGCUCCGCAGUCGCAUGAAGCUGAGCGCCUUCUUCCUCGGCACGAAGCGCAUCGCAGCCAACGGGUCAAACGCUGGCAAAGGUCAGACGCUCCUGGACCAGGACGACGACGAGGAUGAGGAGGGCUCGGAUACCACUCUCGUCUACCAGCUGGCGCGCGCGAGCGAUCUGGCCGUCAAUGAUGAGCCUGCCGCUUUCCACGUCUUCCAAGGCGACAUCCUCGCCUGCCCGCAAGAAGACGCACUCGAAAGUCUCGCCGAACAGCUUGGUGCUCGCAGGAUCUCGGGGCUCAUGACCGAGAACUACCACACGAGCGGCGAGCCGGACAAGUCAAAGCGAGCGCAGGACCUGCAGCGCACGGUCGCCGAGCGAACCUCACUCUUCCUCUCCGAACGCCGCCAGCAAUACGGCAAGGGCGAGCUCAAGCACGACCCCGACUGGAUCCAGAAGCAUCUUCAGGUCUACGAGGUUCGCUCGAUCGAGCUCGUUCGCACGCUCAAGAGUCCGCAAGGUCUCAAGAAGCACGUCGCUGUCGCAUCGGCUUGCGCGAAAACGGCCCCGAACGGCGACAUUGCGCUCUACGUCUCGCAGACCAUCGAGGCCGACUACUACGAGAUCGCCGUCGCCAUGUGCAAGCUCCUCUUGUCCAAGCUGCGCCCGAACGACGCGCUCCUCCUCCUGACCAUCUUGCAGACGACGCUCAAGAACUUGAAGCGACGCGGCUUCAACGUCGACCGCAUCAUCACCGCUCGCAAGGCGGAGCGUGAGGCGGCUGAGCAGCGGGCGAGGGAGGAGCGGCUGCAGGCGCAGCUGAAGGCUCAGUCUGCCCUGCCGGAGAAGGAACUCGCGUCGGCGCUCCAGAAGCUCUCGUCGAUGUUCCCCGACGCCGACACCGACUUCCUCCGCACCUUGCUGCAGACGCAGGACCCGCCUCACCUCGACAACGCCGUCAAUCAGCUACUCGCGAGCCCGCAGUACCCCAAGAAGCGGCCACAAGCUUCUUCGGUGGACGGCCCUCCGCCUUACUCGCAGGCGGUCUCAGCGCAGGGUCACCAGCAGCCCUCGCAGGCGCAGUCCGGCGGCCUCUUCUCCAGCUUGCGUCGCCAGUUCGGCAAGGCGGGCGAGACGCGCUCGGCUUCCCCGCUUCCUCCGCCUCCCAGCCUCAGCCCGCCUCCGACUUCGCCUCAGCCCCAGGCAGUCUCGCAGUGUCCGCCCGGAAUGACGCCACAGCCUCAGCGACCGGGUGCGACGCCCACUUCGACCGACGCUAUCCGCGCGAACCUCACGCGCGCGAUCCAGGCUUCUCGUCCCGAGACAGCGUCAAACGUCUCGAAUGCGGUGGACAAGACGGAAGUCAAGGAGAGCGAGGCGUACUGCGACGCGACUGCCGCGGCGAAUUUGUCGUUCGUCGCCGAGGUCGGAGGGAUGCGGUUCUUUGCCAGCCGCGAGGUGCCGGUCCCCACGACCUUCGUCGCAGAGCACCACGACGCACUCCUCCGCUUCGUGACGCAAGUCAUCCGCCCAGUCGGCGAAGUCUUCCGCCUCGACCCGCGCGCGUUGCACGUCUUUCACGACCUCGAGGGACCGCUGAUCGCCUUCAACCGCAACGGGUCGCUGUAUCUUAACUUCCGGUUCUAUCAGAGCUGGCACGACAAGCUCGUUGCGCACGGCGACCUCGCUGAGCCACUCAUCUCGACCUUCCACACCAUCGCCCACGAGCUAAGCCACAACCUCGUCAAACCCCACGACUCGCAGUUCAGCUUCUACUUCUCCGCCAUGUGCGAGGAACACUUUCUGUCGAUGGCAAAGCUGUUGCAGACGGUCGCUUCGGCGGUGUAG